CUUCCUUAAAGUCAGGCAAAUGAGUUUGCGGAUUAAUUUAAACAAACCCUUUUCUGCUUCCCAAUGCAAGUCACAAGUGUUUUGAAUGAAACAUUACUGCAAUUGCUUAAGGGCAACUAUAAAGGGUCAUCUUCAUGGCUGUAAGGAUUAUGAAGACAACACUGCUGUAGUCCUUCUAUGAUAUUAGUUUAGAUUGAUGAGGUUACCUCUUGAUGAGGUUAUGUCUUUAGUUUUCUUUAUAUUAACAUAUUUGCCUUGUAAAACUUUAUGGUAACUAUUAACAUUUGCUUAUACAAAAACUGAACCUGAUCUUCUGAUUGGUCAAAGAUUUUCAGCUUUUAUUUUUUCCCUAUAUAAUUAAACAUUGUAGGGUUGUGAUAACAUCAUUGUUGACUUCUGCUCUACAAGGCUGUCUGGUGUAGAUCACGCAUAUAAAAAUGAAGGCAUCCAUUUCUCUUUACCUGUUUUUGAGUCUCUGUGGACUGAGCUCUGCUCUCUUUAGAAAACACUUUUAUGUGAAUAAAGGACUUUACUGGCAAGAUGCACAGAAGUACUGCAGAGAGCAUCAUGAUGAUCUGUCCACCGCUAGCAGUCAAGAGGCACAGCAGCUCACCCGUAAUCCAGAGUUUAGUGAUCCACAGGUUAGUGAUCCAAGAUUCUGGGUUGGACUCAACAAUCUAAACAGUCUAAACUCAACAGAAUGGGUUUGGUCCGGAGGUGAAGAAGAAGCAUUUGAUUAUUGGGCCGAUGGAGAACCAAACUCGGCUACUGAGCCUUGCACUGCUGUACUGAAAUCAAAUUCUAAACUUAUCAAUGUUGUGUGCGAGCGAAAUUAUCCAUUUUAUUGCAUGGAGAGAUUUGAGCCGAUUCUGGUGCAGGACAAUAAGACUUGGGAAGAGGCUCUGGACUACUGUAGACACAACUACAAUGAUCUCGUCAGUAUCGACUCUGUGAGGACAAUGGCAGAGGCGAUAAAUAACACCAUGACAGCACAGACAACUAAUGUAUGGAUUGGACUACGGUUUUUAGCUGGACAUUGGUUCUGGAUCAAUGGGGGAGAUGUUGAAUAUAAAGCCUGGUCUGAGGGAGAGCUCCAGUGCCCGUCCAAAAAUCUCCAGUGUGGAGCUUUGGAUACAGAACACAACGUUUGGAAACCUGAAGACUGCGAAGAGCGACUCAACUUUUUGUGUCUUAAGAAGCACAAAUAGCUAAAUAGUUUGACCCGAUUUCAAGCUCAACCUUCUCUCAUUUUAAAACACCAGUAUACAUGAUUUGAAAGAAGAUGAUAAGUUGUAGAUCAAUGCAAAUGUAUCGUGUAUAAUGUUGUAGAUAAUUUACAAUAGUUUUCACUUUAACUGAUUAUUUUGUAAAAAAAUGUGGCAUAAAAUAUUGAUCUACUAAUAUUAUUGUUGGUGUUUCUGAAACAUACACUGUUCAUUUUAUGUUUAUAUAUUACAAUACAUUUUCUUUGUGGGUUUAAUGCUUCAUUUAUUUGUAGAAAACAGGUAUGUGUUGUUGAUGAUGGUAUAAUCAUUUAGGAAUAAUCAUUUAGACACUUCUUUCAGCUCUUCUUGUCUAAAUGGUCAGAUUUGGCCAUACUGUACUUUAACAAUAGCAGACCUUCGGCUGCAGUAAUAAGUCUGCCUUAUACUGUCACAAUACUGUCAUGUUGAAACUCAUAAAAAAUACAGUCUGUUUUUAUCUUUUUUUUUUUUUACAAAAUUUAAUCAACACUGUAAAAAGAGAAAGCUAUUUAAAAGCUUACUUCAAAUUGGUAACACCUAAAAAAUUAAGCCAUUUCUUACUUUAAGUAAAACAUUUAAGGUGAGAAAACAUUUAAAAAUUACUUAUAUUGGACACCUAAAAUAUUUAAACAUUUAAAGUAAGAAAUUGUAAGUUGAACAUUUGUAGUAAAAUGAUUGAAGUAAUUUUUCAAGUUGAUCUAACUUUUACUUGUUACAGUGUAAUCAAACACAUAUAUUUUACUAUUUAAAAUGGGUAUCGGUCAAUCUCAGUUAACUAUUUAAUUUGCUUAAUAUUUAAUAGGAUUUUUAAUGAAAGAUGGAUUUAUAAAAUUUAUUAUACAAUUAAUUCAUUUUGGUUUCUCAAGACCAGUUACUGAGCUAUACAUCCAAAUUAAUAUUAUUAUUGUAAUGUAAUGUAAUGUACACUUUCUAUUUCUCACAUUAAUGUUAACUAAUUCCCCGCCAGCCAUUUUUUGAAAUGUUGGCCGUGUGAUUUUCACAAAUGUUUCAAAAAUGCCUUCCAAUUUUCUUCUAAAAAUAUAAACUUUCAUCCUAUCUAUAUUUUUCAUUAUUAUUGGUUCUUAUACCACAGGGCUGUUGAAUGCUUUAUUCUGAUUGACUGAGAAAUGUUCCAUGGGUGUUGAUUAUUUUUCUGUAAACCGCACACCUACAGGUAACUUGUCAAAUGUCUUAAAAAUAAACACCAGAGCAAUGUUUUUGGUAACCUUGUUAUAAAUGCAGUCAUUUUUAGCGCCUUCGAACUGUUAAAUCUACAAAAUCAGUGCUACUUCCCCUAAGGUUAAAAAAACAACUGGGUUGAAAGUGCCAUUUAAAAGGUGGUUUUCCAAAAUAUCA